AUGGUCUACCCCUUUUCCAAGCAGCCCGACCACUUCAGGGAGCGCCGAAGCUUGCUGCUUCCUCUAUCUUUAGUUGCUGGUUCGUUGUUUUUUGGGGUGAGACUUUACAAGUGGUGGAGUGAAUACCGCGAGUCCAUGGAGGAUGAACAGCUGUUUGGAGAGACUUCAGCGUCACCACUCCUUAGUUUGGACGGAGGGUUCCCCCCGAAGGUUCAAUCUCAGACGUUGAGCGCCCGCGAGGGCAGUGGAUUCGAAUGCAGCAGCGGCGUUCUUACUCAGGAGGAGCGCGGUGAGGCGCUGCGGUUGGCGCGGAUGCUUUUAGGUGAAACACCCAUCAGUGACUCAAGCUCUCUUGGGUCUGGGGAGAGUUCUGACUCAGGUGUCACCGACGUUUCACUCAACUACCAAAUUGCCGUAGAGUUGGAGAGGGAGGCUCGUGACAGUCUCACUGAGGCAGUGGUUCAGGGGGAAGUGGCCAGAGCUGCCGCCCGAGGCAGGCCAUUGACACUUGCAGAUUAUUCGACCGUGUUGCCGUUGGUUGUGGAGUAUCUUGAGGUGUCAAUGGACCGUGAAGAGCUUCGCGCGCGUCGUGCCGCCAAGCGUCUCGUGGAUCAACAAAAUGGAGGACUGAGAUUUAGUUCUGGCGCCGGAAGGCACGGCCCCGACGAUUUUUUCAUCAAUGAUGUAGAUGAGAUCAGUCGCCGCGUGGCGCAGAUGCGCUCGGCGGAUAUCAGCAAAGCAUGUGCAGAUUUGUUUUCGCGAUCUGAAGAGAUGGACCGGCUACUAAGAGCCCCAGCAAACAAUCGCUGGGACGAUUGCAUGGAGAUGGAUUGGGGUGGUGACGACGAGGCCGACUUGAUGGCAUACCUUGACCAGGAUGAUUCGGCGGGUUACGCUAAUCGUGCAGAGGCCCGUGUGGGGGCUCAGCUUCAGCGUGACCUACGAACGUUCGACGAUGAAGAGAUGUAUGACGAUGAUGCGCAGGAAGAGGAGAGUGAGGACCUCGAUGAUGAAUUGGAGAAGGCCGACUUCGAGCGUAUGCUCUUAAGCAAGCUUUACUUGCUUGCAGAAAGUGUGGGAAUGGAGGAUGCAGCUUGCGAGUGUCGAGCAAAGAGACAUAAAGAGGGUGAGGCGUUGGGUUUUGGGGGAGGAGAGCCAAGGCAACCUGAUACUGUUGAUGAUUUGGAGGAGGAUCAUUUGCAGAUAAGUGAUGAUGCGGACAGCGACACUUGGGAGACGGAGGGAGAUUUUGAGGAGGAAGAGGUUGAAAGUUCCGGGGGUUAA